CAGGUACACGCAAAAUUCGUCCGUCUAAAACUGAUAGUCAUCGAAAUUUUACAGUGGGAUGUGCCAGCGGAAGCAUCGAAGGCUGAACCGCUAAAACUGAUAGUCAUCGAAAUUUUACAGUGGGAUGUGCCAGCGGAAGCAUCGAAGGCUGAAUCACUUCCAUCUGGGUGAAGAAUCAUAUUUUGAUACUUCGGAGCGAUACAACACGUACCGGAAAGGUCAUGUGCAGCUUUUUGCCCACGAUCUUAUCCUCGUAUGGCUCUGACACAAAGCAUAUUUUCCGUGAUCCAAUCAGAGAUGACUAUUGACCACCUGUCGGGAAAGGAACAUCGGUUAGUAGAUUAAGAUAUUGUGCGGAGCAGUACGAAUAUUGUCACGAGAAAGGUUAUACACUCAUGAAUUGAGCGGCGAUGGUGGUUGUACAAGAUGUAAUUCUUUGUUCACCACCUCGCAUAAUUAUCGAGCUGGAGGAGGCCUCUCUUAAAAAUGCUACAAAGAAUCGCCAGACGGUACAUCUACAAAAAUGGAAAAGUUGGUGCAGCAAAUUUGGAGUAGGGGAAAUUCGGCUUACUGAGUCCGCAUUAACAACGUAAGCUCCACCCAGAAACGAAAUUGAUUGCAAGUAACUAGGUAUUAUAGUAUUUACUCUUACUUACUUACAGUAGUUAUGUAUAAUUUGAAUACAGAGAAAUAAGUUUCAUUUCACAA